AUUGUUUCUGUGCUCAUUUCGCAUAGACAUGGCAAACCUCGAUGUUCGGUUAAUCACUGAGGCUAACGGAGCAACAUCGUUGCCCGGAUCCUCCGAUUCUAUGGAGCUUGAGGCCAAGGAAAUUAAGCUUUGGGGCGGCCGCUUCCAGGAGAGCGUCACAGAUGCCGUCGAACGCUUUACAGAGUCGAUUUCUUUUGAUAAGGACCUUUACAAGCAUGAUAUCCGCGGGAGUCGUGCUCAUGCAUCGAUGCUCGCCAAGCAGGGAUUGAUAAGCGUCGGUGACGAAGACAGUAUUCUAACAGGUCUUGAUGCGAUCGAGAGGCGUAUUCAAAAUGGCGAGUUCGUCUGGAGAGCUGAUAGGGAAGAUGUUCACAUGAACAUUGAAGCUGCGCUUACUGAUUUGAUUGGCGAACCUGCCAAGAAACUUCAUACUGCUCGGAGCCGCAACGACCAAGUCGCGACAGAUUUUCGCUUGUGGUGCCGCGAUGCCAUCGACUCCAUUGUCGAGAGGAUCAAAGAUCUUCAGAUUGCGAUGGUGGAUUUGGCAAUUAAGAAUGCAGGAACUAUUGUUCCAGGUUAUACACAUUUGCAGAGAGCACAGCCCGUCCUACUUCAGCAUCUUCUCUUGGCAUUCGUUGAGCAGCUUGAUCGGGAUUCUGGUCGAUUGCUGGACUGCAGAUCUAGACUGAAUUUCUGCCCCUUAGGAGCUUGUGCAUUGGCUGGUACUGGCCUCCCAAUUGAUCGAUUCAUGACUUCGAACGCUUUAGGAUUCUCAUCUCCUUUGAGAAACAGUAUCGAUGCUGUUUCAGAUCGGGAUUUUGCAAUGGAGUUUCUUUCUGCCAAUUCAAUUACAGCCAUCCAUCUUUCUCGUCUGGGAGAAGAAUGGGUACUGUGGGCCUCAGAGGAGUUUGGAUUCAUCGCACCUAAUGACUCUGUUUCAACUGGAAGUAGCAUAAUGCCCCAAAAGAAAAACCCGGAUCCAAUGGAACUCGUUCGUGGAAAGUCGGCUAGAGUCGUAGGCGAUUUAGUAACCCUUUUAACAUUGUGCAAGGGUCUUCCUCUUGCAUACAACCGCGAUCUGCAGGAAGACAAGGAGCCUGUGUUUGAUAGUGUUAGGACAGUUUUAGGGAUGCUUGAGGUUUCAGCUGAGUUUGCUCGGAACAUCAGUUUCAAUCAGGACAGAAUAAAGAAGGCGUUGCCUCUUGGUCAUCUUGACGCAACCACACUUGCAGACUAUCUCGUGCAUAAGGGAGUCCCUUUCAGAACAUCUCAUGAUAUUGUAGGCAAGUGUGUAACAAUGUGUCUUGGAAAGAACUGCCAGCUGAAGGACCUGAGUCUCAAUGAUCUGCGAAUGUUGAGUCCGAUCUUUGGCGACGACGUUUACGAAUUUCUUGGAGUAGAAAAUGCAGUUAGCAAAUUUUCGUCUUAUGGCUCCACGGGAUCGGAAUGUGUUGCCGGUCAACUCCAAUAUUGGAUCCAGAAACUUGGCACUGGUCAGUAGAAAUUAGGUUCGAUAAGCCCAACGUCCUUUUACUUUAGAUUUCUGAAUUUAUUCUUUAUUCCGUAUC